AUGGUGAACGGUCGUUUGAUGCAAGGAUCCGCAAUCUGGCAAUUACCAAGAGUGCUGUUACCUGACCAGCGAAAUGCAAUGAAGAUGAAGUCGUCCCUCAGUGCUGGUGAUGAGGGACAGUUUGUGAUACCGAUUUUCAUUAUACAUAGAGAUAUUGGUGCUCAGACAUCAGGGACUGUGGAGGAGCUGAGGGUAAAUGGAAUGAUGUACGACAUGUCACAUUUUGCAUGGAUCUGUGUUCAGAGAGAGCCUCUCCGCCUGCACUGUGAGCUGUGCAGCAUCGUGUCCAGCUCGGGACAGAAUGCUGGCCUGGAGAUUGACCAGUUGCCGUGCGUGUGGAGAAUGAACAACGCGCCCACGCUGGGCUUCGAGAGGGACGUGGGGACCCGGACCAGUGUCCGUGUGGUGUCCCACUUCAGCUUCCCCCUCCUGCGGCGGAGGCAGCAGCAUUACUUCGGGGAAGCCAACGAGACCGUCUACGUGUUCUGGGGGCCCUUGCGGUUGAUGCUGCAAGAUGGCAAAGGGGCCGUGUACAAGCUGCAGAAACUGGCGCGCAAGUACCCCCUGGCCAAGAUCUACUUCACUACGGAGGAACGAAUGAGCUACUGUGACCAGGUCUUCAAGCUGGAGACCGGCAAAGACAGGUAGGCCUUCCAUCCUUGUCGAAAACAACCCCCUUAAUAAACCAAAGGUAGACACAAAAUGCCGGAGUAACUCAGCG